ACACUCCUUUGGCUCUAUAUAUAGCUCUCUCGCUUUGAUCAGCUCCUCACCUCACUGAUAACUGCUCUUUUCUCCCUGAUAUAUUUCACCUCUUUCGAUUUUCUGUUCAUCUUCUUUUUUACUUUUCUUUGAAUCCCAAAUGGCCACUGUUGAGGUUUCAUCGAUUCCGGUAGCAUUGCCAGAGAAUGAGAAAACUGAGGUGAUCAAGACUGAGGAGACAGUCGCAGCACCCACUGUUCCAGAGCCAGCCACUGAAGAACCAAAAGAAGCAACACCUGAAGCCCCGGCAGCAGAGCAACCUGCGGCUGAAGAACCUGAAGUUCCUGUUGAGGUUGAGACCAAGGAGGUGACAGAGGAAGCCACGGUAAAGGCAGAGGAGCCGGCAGUUGAGAAGACAGAAGAAGAGACUCAAGAAGUGAAAGCUGAGGAGCCCAAAGGAGAGACUACCGAAGCCACUGAGGCGCCAGCAGCCCCGGCUGAGGUAGAGAAACCAGCUGUGGAAGAGAAGCCAGCUGAGGCAGCAGAGGAAGCUAGCACUACUGAAGUUCCAGUUGAGAAGACUGAGGAGUAGUUCUAUUAAAUGAAGUGAAACUAGAGGAGAUCGAUCGAGGAUGGUUUUAGCGUUGGUCUGCUAUUUUUCUUCUAUUUAUUUAGUUUAAUUAUGAUUAUGGUUAAGGUACUUAGUCUUUGGAUGGGUUUGAAAUUUCCAAGCUUUGUCAGUGUAAGCACUUGGAUCCACUCCAGCAUUCUUCCACUUGCCUAAUAUUUGUAAUGGUGCAUAAGAUGGGAGAAACUCUGGGUGAUUUACAUAUAGAAGGAUGAAGUGUGCUUAAUUGGUGGGGGUGUGUGGAUGUUGGUUCCAGGAGGGUUCAGGUGAGUUUGAUAUGGUGUGAUAUGAGAUGUGAUCUCUAGAUUUGAAUAAUGAUAUUACUAUUAUUUUUUGUUUU